UGGUGCCUAUGGCAGUGACCUCCCCAAGAUGGCGGCCGGGGCGGGUACGGAGGCGCCGGGCCGCGCCGGAAGUGGUGGCGGCGGCGCCGUUCCCGGCCCAUGAUGGCGGAGGCGGGCGCCGGCGGCCCCCGGCUGGCGGAGCUGCUGGCGUUGGGACGGCGGCUCUGGGACGAGCUGGAGGCCAGCACCGAGCCCUCCUCGGGAGCCCCGGUCGUCCAGGACAAGGUGCGGCAGGGGCUGGACGCGCUGCAGCGGGCGGCGGCCAUGGUGACGCAGCUGGAGCUGUUCAGCGAGAACGAGGAGCUGGAGGAGAUCGCCUCAGCCGAUCUGAAAUUCAUGCUGCUGCCGGCGCUGCUGGGAGCCCUGACGCUGAAGCAGGUGGACUUGAGCAGGAGAAGGGAGCACCUGGAGAAUGCCCGGGAGCACUUCCUGCGCUUCCUGAAGCUCUGCAGGAACUACGGGCUGGGCUCUUUCCAGCUGCCCCCCGGCACCUCCGGCGAGGAGGAAAACGGGAGCCCCGUGGGCCCCCGGGACCCCGGCCAGCCCAACCUGGUGGCCAUGGCCAUGAGCAGGACGGCCAAAAUUGAGAGAUACAAACAGAAGAAGGAGCUGGAGAACAAAUUGGCCUCCAUGAGCAGCUCCGUGGAGAGCGGGACAGCGGAUGAGGAUCAGAUCCGGGAAUUUUACAUCCUCCAGAUCCAGAAAUGGAUCAGCACCAGCCUGGAGGAGAUUGAGAGCAUCGACCAGGAGCUGGUGAUCCUGAAGAGCAGGGAUGCAGCCAGGCUGGCUCCAGCAGGUCCCCGUGGCCCUUCCCGGCCAGCCAAAGCUCUGGUGAAACCCUUCAUCCUCACCCGGGAUGCUGCUCAGGCCAGGGUGUUUGGAGCUGGCUAUCCUGGGCUGCCCACCAUGACUGUGGACGACUGGUACGAGCAACGUCGGAAGCAGGGAAUUGUGUCCACCCCACAGAGGGUUCCAGCAGGUGCAAAUGAUGAGGAGAUGCAGAAGCAGCAGCAGGAGACAGAGGAGGAGGAGGAUGAUGAGGAAGCUCUUCGGAAAGCUCGGGACUGGGACGACUGGAAGGACACACACCCCCGGGGCUACGGCAACAGGCACAACAUGGGCUGAUGCUCUGGCUGCCAGCAGGGCCUGGAGAUCCUGGGAGAACAACCUGGAGAGGGAGAAGGGAAUACAGUGUACAUAGGUGGAGCAUCCAGGAAUUCCCUGGAUGGACAGGGCACAGGAUGGCAGGAGGACACGUGACCCGUUGCUUUGGUGCUCAUUCCAUGUCAGACUGGGGGCACUGGUCAUGCUGGGGGGGUGCCCCAGAGCUCUGAGGGGCAGCUCCAUGAGGGUCAGGCUCCCUCUGCCCUCCCAGGCGGAGGCAGCCUCCAAGGGGAGCUCUAUGGAUUUGGAAACUGCUCUUUGUAUUGUGGGUGGAUAUAUUUAUUAUUUUUUUCCUCUCUAUUUUAAGCAAAAUAAACUCUCUUUGUGCUGUCUGGC